CUGGAGCUUCUGUGCCUUGCUUCUUCUCCAUAGGCUUUACUAGGUGUUUGAGCAAAGUAGGCAUUUCGUGAGAUAUGGAAGACAUAGAGGAUCUGUUAAUUGGAAGCGGGGACGGAUCUCCGCCGGGUUUUCGCUUGCCCGUAACCUCCGUUGGAAUGAACCCAAAGAAGAAUAGGAACAAGGGUAAUCUAAGUCACAAGCUUUCUCAAAUCCAUGACUCCACUUCUGCUAGCUCGUUGUCCCCAAAAAUCCCCGGCACUCAGACCAUAUUUAUAAAGACCUUCGGAUGCUCCCAUAACCAGAGUGAUAGUGAAUAUAUGGCUGGUCAGCUUUUAGCAUUUGGCUAUACCUUGAGCGAUAAUCCUGAAGAAGCAGACCUAUGGCUGAUAAAUACGUAAGGCCUUUAGCUUUCUCACUCUGUUUCUGUGUUUUCCCCCCUGUAAUUUUUUAUCAUACAUUAUAUUGAGGCAGUAAAUUGUGAAACUAAAUCAUAUUUUAGUUCAUGGCUUAAGUUUGAUACCUCCCAUAUUUCUAUUCCAAAGUUUCUGAAUUUUACAUGAUAGAUUAAUCAAUGAAUUUAUUAACUCUGAAUUGAAUAGUCUUCCAUUUUUUGGUGUAAUUCUUGAGCAUGCAAGGAGGCCCAACAUCUCAGGACCAUC